UGAAGCUGCCACGCGCCAGAGCAACAGAUACCCCACGCGUGCCUAGUUUCACGUCCCUCCCUUCCCUGUACCAUUACCCUAGACACGUUUAUUCAAGAUGCAGGCGCCUGUGGUUGUCAUGAACACGCAGACCCCUGGUGGGGAGCGCCAGUUCGGUCGCAAAGCUCAGAUUUCGAACAUCACAGCAGCCAAGACCGUUGCAGACAUCAUCCGGUCAUGUCUGGGUCCCAAGGCCAUGCUGAAGAUGCUGCUCGACCCCAUGGGCGGUAUCGUUCUCACCAACGACGGCCACGCCAUCCUCCGAGAAAUCGAAGUCGCACACCCCGCAGCAAAGAGCAUGAUCGAACUCAGCCGAACACAAGACGAGGAGGUCGGUGAUGGUACAACAACCGUCAUCAUCCUGGCUGGUGAAAUUCUUGCACAGGCCCUGCCCCAGCUUGAGCGCAACAUCCACCCCGUCGUUGUCAUUCAAGCCUUCAAGAAGGCUCUGGCCGAUGCCCUCGAGAUUGUCAAUGAGAUCGCGACCGAAGUCGACGUGAACGACGACGAAGAAAUGUACAGGAUCAUCAACUCCUCGAUUGGCACAAAGUUUGUUUCUAGGUGGUCAAAGCUGAUGUGCGGCCUUGCGCUCAAGGCUGUACGCACGGUUUCCACCGACAUGGGAGGCAAGAAGGAGGUUGACAUCAAGCGUUACGCACGUAUUGAGAAGAUACCUGGCGGUGAGAUCGAGGACAGCGAGGUUUUGGACGGUGUCAUGGUCAACAAGGAUAUCACACACCCCAAAAUGAGGAGAAAAAUCGAGAACCCUAAGGUUCUGCUACUCGACUGCACACUCGAGUACAAGAAGGGUGAGAGUCAGACAAAUAUCGAGGUCAGCAAGGAGGAGGACUGGAACAGGAUAUUGCAGAUUGAGGAGGAGCAAGUCAAAGCGAUGUGCGAUGCGAUCAUCGCCCUGAAGCCCGAUCUCGUCAUCACAGAGAAGGGCGUCAGUGAUCUUGCUCAGCACUUCCUCGUCAAGGCCAACAUCACCGCUAUCCGUCGUGUCCGCAAGACAGACAACAACCGUAUCGCACGAGCCACUGGAGCCACCAUCGUCAACUCCGUCUUCGCCGCAACGCCGUCCGACAUCGGUACUCAGUGUGGUCUAUUCGAGAUCUCCAAGCUUGGCGACGAGUACUUUACCUACCUCACAAAGUGCAAGGACCCCAAGGCCUGCACAAUCUUGCUCCGUGGACCUUCGAAGGACAUCCUGAACGAGAUCGAGCGCAACUUGCACGAUGCCAUGGGUGUUGCCAGGAACGUUAUCUGGAACCCAAAGCUGUGCCCAGGAGGUGGUGCUACUGAGAUGGCCAUCGCCGUUGGGUUAGAGAGGAAAGCAAAGCUCAUCGAGGGUGUUGCACAAUGGCCGUACAAGGCCGUCGCAGAGUCCAUGGAGGUCAUUCCCCGCACCAUCAUUCAGAACUCAGGAAACAGCCCUAUCAAGGUUCUUACACAGCUGCGUGCGAAGCACGCAGAAGGCUACGAGGAUGGCAAGGCAACUGGUAGCUUCUGGGGCAUUGACGGCGAUGCCGGCAAGGUUGUCGACAUGCGCACGUACGGCGUCUGGGAGCCACUCGCGGUCAAGGAGCAGAGCAUCAAGACCGCUAUUGAGAGCGCAUGCCUGCUGCUGAGAGUUGACGACAUUGUUGCUGCGAAGGCGGCCAAGCAAGUCAGUGGCCCAAUCGGUGGAGGAGGUGAUGACUAGAAAAGCCCGUUGAUGGUUUGAUCUCAACACGAACCCUCGACUAGGAGCAAAUAAUCACGACAAUGAAGAACGAUCAUCAAUCAACACACCAAGUGUUGUCGCACCAAAGUAGUACGAACACUGCAUUUCCAUGUUCUCUAGGUCGCU